GAGGGCAGGGGCGGUUGUUCACGCAAAGGAACUGCUGAAAGCGCCUUUUUUUUCCCUCUUUUUUUUAGGAAACAUUUCGUUUCCAUGCGUCGCCUUCAUUUCCCACGUGCCCGUUUCGAUUCCGAGGGUUCCCCCCGGCGCUCCCUGCCCCAAGGCAGCCCCGAAAAUGAAAGCAAGCCCGAGCCGCCUCCGCCUGCGCCACGCCGAGCCGGCCGCGGCCGGGGGGCUGCCAGGGAGGGCUCGGGGGCUGCCAGGGAGGGCCCACCAAAGAGGGCCCGGGGGGCUGGCGAGGAGGAGCCGUGCCCGGUGACACCGCCCCGGGAGGCCGCGGGAGGACGGGCCGAGGGCAGCGGCCCGGGACGGGUUAAACAGGCCGGGCCUCCGGCUGCGGAGGCCCAGCCGCGCCCCAUGGCGUGGGGCGGGCCCCUGUGGGCUCCUCGCAGUCUGCUCGAGGUGGUGGCCGUGCUCGCCGGGCUGGCAGCCGUCGGGGGGCUCGCCGUUGUCUUCUACAUUGAAGUAGUCAUGGGACAAAAAAUAUGUCCUAAGGAGAGAGAAAACUAUGUGGCAUCCUUAGUGCUGAGUGCAGUUGGUGACACGCUGGGCUAUUACAAUGGGAGGUGGGAGUUCCAGAAGAGUGGCCCAGUCAUCCACAAGGAGCUGGCAGAGAUGGGGGGACUGGGCAACUUCAGCAUCCAAGGCUGGAGAGUCAGCGAUGAUACCGUGAUGCACUUGGCCACGGCCGAAGCCCUGGUAGCUGCCGGGAAAAACCCAAGCUUACCACAUCUCUACACUCUGCUUGCAAAGAACUACAAGGAGUGCAUGAAUGACAUGGAGGGCAGAGCUCCAGGCGCCAUGUCUCUGGAAAGCACCAUGAAGCUGGACCCGGGGCGGCCGGACGGCUGGAGGAUCCCGUUCAGCCCCCGGGCGGGAGGCUGCGGGGGUGCCAUGCGCGCCAUGUGCAUCGGGCUGCGUUUCUACGACCCCGCUCAGCUGGAAACCCUUGUGAAAGUCAGCAUCGAGAGCGGCCGCAUGACCCACCACCACCCCACCGGCUACCUGGGGGCCCUGGCCUCGGCCCUCUUCACGGCUUAUGCAGUGAACAGCGUACCCCCCCCGGCCUGGGGGAAGGGGCUGAUGGACGUGCUGCCCCAGGCAAAAGCCUACGUGCAGGACUCCGGCUUCUUCGUGAAGGAGAACAUGGAGCACUGGUAUUACUUCGAAGAGCAGUGGAGAAAAUACCUGGAGGAGAGAGGCAUCGCGGACGGGGUCUCGCCGCCCACGUUCCCGCCCAAGUACGGCGUGGAAGAGAGAGACUCGUUCUACACCUCGCUCAGCUACAGCGGCUGGGCGGGCAGCAGCGGGCACGACGCGCCCAUGAUCGCCUACGACGCCCUGCUGGGCGCGGGGGACUCCUGGACGGAGCUGGCCCACCGCGCCUUCUUCCACGGGGGCGACAGCGACUCCACUGCUGCCAUCGCCGCCAGCUGGUGGGGCGUCAUUCACGGCUUCCAGGGCGUUCCCCCCUCCCUCUACGCCCACCUGGAGUACAAGGACCGCCUGGAGAAGGUAGCCAAGGGCUUGUACAGCAUCAUCUAGGCAGGAGAUGGCAGGGCAGCCCACGGGCACACUUACCACCGGCUGUGCCAUGCUCUCUCGCUUGGAUUGCAAACCCACUGGAUUAAAUCUCAUGAGUGUGAGCCAGAACCUUUUCUCUGUGUGUUGGCUUCAGGGGAAGCCACAUUGGCGUUAGUUUGGGGCUGGUGGUUUGAUGGGAGCACACAAUGGUCCCCUGAGGCAUCCCUCCUGUGCUGCAGGGUGGCUGCACAUUGUCUGGUCCUCAAGUGGAGCAGGAGCACACCCACUGCAGCCCUGCUAGUCAGGCAGCAAACCCCACUCAGGCUGCCCCAAACUAGCAUCCUGCCCCUGCAAGGGGAUCAGGGGGCACAAGCAGCCCGUUGUGUUUGGGGACAACAAACCUUUCUUACAAAAUUAUUUUAGCAGAGGAUAUUUUUUUGUUUUAAAUCAAUGUGGAAAAAAACCCCAAAUCCAGCCUCAAAGGUGUGUAAGCAGCACAUUUCACCCAGUUCCACACCACUUCUGCGAUACAGGUAGGAAUGCAGCAUGCUACUUCCCUAUUCCAGGGAAUGUGGGAAUUCUAGACUCCUGAUCAAAUCCUUACUUAAAGCAAAAGUGGGUAAUGAGAAUUAACAGGUUGCAUUUUACAUCAGCUUCAGUAGUGAAUUAUAUUCUGCUUUCAUCAAGGUUACUAAAGGUAAUUUGCUUAACAUUUGCUAUGCAUAAUUCUAUUAAAAUAAGGGUUUUCUUCAAAUCCAGACGAUGACACAGUAAAGUACUUACUGCUUGCAGAACAAUUUCAAAAACAGUGUUUCCCAUUCAAUAAAAAGACCUGACAGGCCUCUGUUAAA